UCGUUGUGCUUUUCCUCCAUCAUUGCUCGAAGAUCUGGAAAAUCUCUGGUGUGGUGUCGGUUGUUGCUUGUAAUCUCUUCCGCUAUUUACAAAACUUUCUACUUUAUUAACCGGGAAGUUCUUUGGUGGACCAUGAGCAAAAGAUAAACGGUCUAAAUUGUUCGGAUUUUGGAAGGUGUUUCGCGAGUUACGGCUUUCCACAUCGUCUCCCGGAGAGCUCGGAUAUUCUAUUGUUCAAGCAUUAUUUCAAAGUUCAACGGUCACCGGUACAAUUUUUGCCUUCGGCCGUUCAAUGAAAAUAGCUUUCUUCUGAGAUUGCUAGAUUAGCCGGAGAAAAUUGAGUUAGUUUACGUUUACAAUACAUUUUCGACCGUUUAUCGGAGGCUUCUGUCAAUUUUAAAAUUGCCACCAAGAGCAAGAAUCGAGGAAGAAAAAGAGACUAGUGUUUAGUGUCGCGACAAACAGGAAUAAGGACAGGAGGCAGUGAAGAACAAGAGAGCCAACUGGAGUCGGUUGGUUUCCUCUUCAGCUCGGUGGUUGUUCUAUUCAUUUUAUUGUUCUCUUUGCGACUUGGACCGGAACUGCGUUGUGAAAAUACAGGAAAAGAUGAGUUCUGCCAAGCCUGAUGAUAAAACCUCCGACAUUCCGGAGCGGUUGUACGAUGCAACGACAAGAAGGACCUACAAAAGGCUGCGGUUUUUCGGCAAGGGUGGAUUCGCAAAAUGUUACGAAAUCAUGGACAUCGUUACGAGCGAAGUGUACGCUGGCAAGAUUGUCUCCAAAAAGCUAAUGAUGAAGCAUAACCAGAAGGAGAAGAUGACUCAGGAAAUCACGAUCCACAAAUCGCUGAAACAUCAGAACAUUGUUGGAUUUCACAGCUUUUUCGAUGAUCCACUGAACAUCUACAUUGUGCUGGAACUUUGUAAGAAACGGUCUAUGAUGGAACUGCACAAACGACGAAAGGUUAUCACCGAUUACGAGUGCCGUUAUUAUAUCUAUCAGGUGCUUACUGGAGUGAAAUAUCUGCAUGACAGGCACAUUAUCCAUCGUGAUUUGAAGCUGGGAAACCUGUUCUUGAACGAUGAGUUGCACGUUAAAAUCGGUGAUUUCGGUUUAGCUACCAGGAUAGAGUAUGAAGGCGAACGAAAGAAAACACUUUGCGGUACACCGAACUAUAUCGCUCCGGAGAUCCUGAACAAAAAAGGCCAUAGCUAUGAGGUUGACGUCUGGUCCAUUGGAUGCGUGAUGUUUACGUUGCUCGUAGGACAACCUCCAUUCGAAACGAAAAGUUUGAAAGAUACUUAUUCCAAGAUUAGAAAAUGUGAUUACCGACUCCCGUCUACGAUUAGGACUAAUGCUGCCGAAAUGAUCUGCGCCAUGCUGCAGUCGGAUCCCAUCAAGCGUCCCAAUGUAACGGCACUGUUCGAUUUCGACUUUAUGUGCAACGCUCACAUUCCAGCUUCGCUCCCGAUCUCUUGUCUCACGAUGGCUCCCCGUGCUGACCAGUUGGAGAACGCCGAACGUAUGGGUAGGAAACCACUUUCAGAAGUUAACGAUGAUACACGCUUGGAAUCGUCCUUCCUUAAGAAUAAUCUUCACGAUGCCAUCACGGCUUCGGGUACCAUGUCACGGCACAAUGAAGGCUACCGGACUGAUAUUGAAAACCUGUACAAACAGCUGAGCUCUCUAAUUGCCUCAAAGCCACCGAAACUGGCGACUAAUUUGGACGAUGAAAACACCGAUCCAGCGGUUCAACCGCUCUUCUGGGUCUCGAAAUGGGUAGAUUACAGCGAUAAAUACGGGUUUGGGUAUCAGCUCUGUGAUGAGGGCAUGGGAGUGAUGUUCAACGAUACCACCAAAUUGAUCAUGCUUGCCAAUGGACUCAAUGUGCACUUCAUUGACAAGGAAGGCGUCGAAACGUACAUGGAUACUCAUAACUAUCCACCACAGAUGGAGAAAAAGAUGAAACUGUUAUCCUACUUCAAGCGUUACAUGACGGAACACUUGGUUAAGGCUGGUGCGGGGGCAGUUAACGUCGAAAGCGAUCAGAUUUCGCGUAUUCCCCAUCUGCACACCUGGUUCCGCACAAUGUGCGCUGUUGUUAUGCAUCUGACCAACGGUACCGUGCAACUCAACUUCUCUGACCAUCAGAAAAUUAUUCUUUGUCCGCUGAUGCGAGCUGUUACGCUUAUGGACAACAACAAAAAUUUCCGAACGUAUCGGUUCUCCACGAUUCAGGAACAAGGAUGUUCGACCGAUUUAUACCAGAAGAUUCGAUAUGCGCACGAAAAGCUUAAGAAACUGCUGGAGAAGCUGGCGUAGAAUAUGCGAACACAUUCCCUUGAUUUCGGUAGUUAAAUAGCGAAACUUACUCAUUGCCCGUCGCUCCUUUCGUAUUGAAUAUCGCGUUAGUUUUUGGCGCAGUUUUGUGCGCACCGUUUAUCUUUUGGAUAAGUAUUUUUACAUUGAAACUAGAGUAAAAUUGUCCUUCACAGCAAAAUGACUUCUGCACCAACAAUCCUUGACGGUAAUCGUAUUAAAAACAUACUGCAGGAAGAAAUGCGAGCAACGUA